GCCCAGGACGGUGGUUCCCGCCCACAGCGCAGAAAGAGAGAGAGAGCGAGGCCUCGGUGCCAGGGUCUGCUCCAUGGAGAAGAGGCUGGCCGAGUUCCGAGCGGCCCGGCAGGCCUCCGCCGCCCCUCCGCCGCCUCCUCCUCCUCCUCCUCCCGCGAAGCCCACGAGAGCAGACGCAACGGCGGGCAAAGAGCAGGCCCCGCCGCCUCCUGAGGAAUCCAGUCAAAGCCCCAAGGCCCAAGCUGUGAUGACCCCUUUGCCAUGGUGGACCCGCUCUUUUUUUAUGAAUGUAACUUUUCUCAAGUUUCUUCUCUGGCUGGUGUUACUGGGACUGUUUGUGGAACUGGAGUUUGGAUUGGCUUAUUUUGUGUUAUCCAUGUUUUAUUGGAUCUAUGUUGGAACCCGUGGACCCGGAGAGAGACAGAGCGGAGAAAAAAGUGCUUAUUCUGUGUUUAACCCUGGCUGUGAAGCCAUCGAAGGAACUCUCACAGCUGAACAGCUUGAGAGAGAACUGCAAUACCGGCCCUUUUUAUGGAGAUAGCACAUGUGAAUAGACCUGACUUUUUUAUUUGGACAAAAAUGGAAAAAAUUUCCUAAGAAAACAUUUCUCAUCUUUUGGAAAAAAAAAAAAAGUUCCAGCAUGUUCAUGACAAUCUAGCUGCAAUCCUCAUACAAGCAUUUAAAAGGUGGUGGGAUUUUGACCUCUCUUAAUUUGAUGUUUGCAAUGGUCAAAUAAACAAAUAAACAUACUGUGAUUAUGCCA